UUUCUGUAUUAGCCAGAGUUGUGUUAGCCGGUUGUGUUGUCGCCUGCUCUGUGUCGUUAGGUGUCCGUGACUCCGUGUUGUAUCUGUGUGCGAGUCCAGGUUGUGUUUCCCUCAUGAAAUUCAGAGACAGUCUUGCAAAUGGGCUAUCUUUGACGGUCUCCCGAGCCUUUCGACAGGGUCGAAUCUCGCCCUCCGAGCUGUGUCAAAAAUGUCUGGAUCGCAUCAAGAAAACGAAACACCUCAACGCCUACAUCACGGUGACGGAGGAGCUGGCGGCACGGCAGGCCGCGGCGGCCGAUGAACGCUUCCGCAGAGGCGCCCCUAAAGGACCCCUGGAUGGAAUCCCCUUCGCUGUGAAGGACAACUUCUGCACGGAAAACAUCGAGACAACCUGCGCCUCCAACAUGCUGAAAGGAUACAGACCUCCUUUCAGUGCCACCGUGGUGCAGAAACUGCUGGACCAAGGCGCUGUCCUUCUGGGGAAAACUAACCUGGAUGAGUUUGCCAUGGGGUCGGGCAGCACCGACGGGGCCUUCGGGCCGGUCCGGAACCCCUGGAGCUACGCCGCUCCGUACCGGGACGGGAGCGGGGCGGAGCCGGAUUCUGAUUGGGUGAUCACCGGGGGGAGCUCCGGGGGCAGCGCAGCGGCGGUGGCGUCCCUGAGCAGCUUCCUGGCCUUGGGGUCCGAUACGGGCGGAUCCACCCGGAACCCGGCAGCACUCUGUGGCCUGGUAAGCCUGAAGCCGACCUAUGGCUUGCUGUCGCGCCACGGACUCAUCCCAUUGGUCAACUCCAUGGACGUCCCCGGUGUCAUGGCCAGGAGUGCGCAGGACGUGGCCACUGCUCUGGGGGUGCUGCAGGGCAGAGAUGUGCUGGACUCCACCACAGUCUGCCCCCCCGUGGAGCACUCUGACCUGCUGGAGGACAUCGAUGUCAGCAGGCUGCACGUGGGGAUACCGAAGGAGUACCACGCCCCGGGGCUGUCCCGCGAGACGCUGGCCCAGUGGGGGCGCGUGGCCGACAUGUUGGAGCGGGCGGGGGCGCGGGUGGAGACCGUGUCCCUGCCACACACGCAGUACUCCAUCGUGUGCUACCACGUGCUGUGCUGCGCGGAGGUGGCGUCCAACAUGGCGCGCUUCGAUGGGCUGCAGUACGGCCACCGUAGUGCAGUGGACAGCUCGACCGAUGCGUUGUACGCAGCCACGCGCCUCGAGGGCUUUAACGAGGUGGUGCGCGGGCGGAUCCUGUCCGGAAACUACUUCCUGCUGAAGCGGAGCUACCUGCGGUACUUUGUGAAGGCGCAGCAGGUGCGUCGGCUGAUCGCGCGCGACUUCGCCCAGGUGUUCCGCUCAGGUGUGCACCUGCUGCUCACGCCCACCACGCUCGGCCACGCCCCCACACACGCCCACUUCAUCCAGGAGGACAACCGCACCCGCAGCUCACAGGAGGACGUGUUCACACAGUCUGUCAACAUGGCAGGUCUCCCCGCAGUAACCGUUCCCACGGCGCUCUCCGGGCGGGGCCUCCCCAUAGGCCUGCAGCUCAUCGGCGCCGCCCUGCAGGACAGGAGGCUGCUGGCAGUCGCCGGGUGGCUGGAGCGGGAGGUGGCGUUCCCCGGGAUACAGUUGCCCUGGGAUACGGAGGAGGAGGAUGGGGAACGGGCUGAGAGGGGCCAGACCGCUUUGUGAUGUUUGUAGCUCCUCCCCCCGUGUGUACAACUCACCCGGGUCAGGUACCUCGUCGUUUUGGGAUUCAAGUACUGCUGUACGCUUUACUGAGCUUGCCUGGUGUAUUCGAACCUGUGAGAUACUCUCAAAAAGUGCAAACCCCGCCUUCUGGUCUUCAAUCGAGCACAGAAAUGUAUUUGAAUCCAAAACAAUGACGUGUUUGACCCACAUCUGGUCAACGGUGCUUCUGAAGAUGUGAUUCAGACGUUGGGGUGCGGGGGGGGGGGGGGGGGGUGUGUGGAUCCGAUCGGACCCCAGGAACCCCGGUGCUGCGGGAAUUACGAUGCGCUGUCAAUCACUGACUCGUGCCAACCAAUCAGAAGGCCUCGCCCUCUGUAGCAGAACACUGUACGUCGGAUCAAGUCUGUGAUUGACAGCACGUUCUAGGCCGGCCCACUUUCAUGUCAGAAAGACUCAUCGGCCCAUCACUGAGGGGACAGGAGAGCUGCUCUGGGUCAGCGGAGGCGGAGACGGGCGGAGCCCCUGGUGUUCCGUGCCGAUCGAUGGGGCCGCGGUGGCGGUUGUAGACAUAGCGAAAGUGAGCGGGACAUUUGCAGACUUCCUGCCACAAGCCUCCCACACGAACAUCGAGCCCCGCUCCCCCCCCCCCCCCCCCCCCCCUCCGGCCCCAAUACAAAACUAGCACUCUAACCACCCCAGCUCUGAUCCUCUCAU